AUGCUUGUUGAGAGGAUAACAAAGAACCUGUCCACAGAGUCUAUUUUCUCUCGCAAAUAUAGUCUUUUGGGCAAGCAAGAGGCUCAUGAGAAUGCAAAAAGGAUUGAAGAACUUUGCUUUGCCUCAGCUGAUGAGCAUUUCAAAAGGGAGCCUAAUGGUGAUGGGAGUUCUGCUGUCCAGUUAUAUGCAAGGGAAACGAGUAAGAUGAUGUUGGUAGUCCUGAAAAAAGGUCCAAGGACUUCUGCAGAACUGGAGGCACCUGUAGCUGAUACACCUCUUGCGCCUGCUGAUACUGUACUAGAUAUAUCUGGUGGCAAACGUGCUUUUAUUGAGGCAGAUGAAGCAAAGGAACUGCUGAGUCCACUUACCAAACCAGGAAAUUCGUAUAAAAGAAUUUGCUUUAGCAAUAGGAGCUUUGGUAUUGAUGCUGCCAAUGUUGCUGGGCCAAUUCUCGAAUCAGUCAAAAAUCAGCUCACAGAGGCAGAUAUCUCAGAUUUUGUCGCGGGAAGGCCUGAGGAUGAAGCUCUUGACGUGGUGCGCAUAUUCUCCAAAGCAUUAGAGGGUUCUGUACUGAGAUAUCUGAAUAUCUCUGACAAUGCUUUAGGUGAGAAGGGUGUCAGGGCAUUCAGUGAGCUCCUGAAAUCACAGGAAUCCCUGGAAGAACUCUAUUUCCACAACAAUAUGACUGGAGAUGAAGGUGCUAUGUAUAUUGCUGAGAUGGUUAAGCGUUCUCCAAAUGUGGAGAGUUUCAGGUGCUCAGCAACAAGGAUAGGAUCUGAUGGUGGAGUGGCAUUGUCUGAGGCACUAGGUACAUGCACUCGUCUGAAGAAACUUGAUCUUAGGGACAACUUAUUUGGUGUUAUUGCAGGGUUAGCUCUCAGCAAAACCCUUCUGAAGUUUCCUGAUCUUGUUGAGCUUUAUCUCAGUGAUCUUAAUCUUGAGAACAAGGGUACGAAAGCAAUUGCCGUUGCCCUCAAACAGUCUGCACCACAGCUAGAGGUCCUUGAAAUUGCUGGAAAUGAAAUAAAUGCCAAAGCAGCCCCAGCUUUGGCAGAAUGCCUAGCAGCAAUGCAGUCACUCAAGAAGCUGACCUUGGCUGAAAAUGAACUGAAGGAUGAUGGUGCUGUGAUUAUUGCAAAAUCAUUGGAAGAUGGCCACACAGAUCUCAAGGAACUUGACGUGGGCACAAACAUGCUGCAGAGGGUUGGAGCUCGGUGCUUUGCGCGGGCAGUCACAAAUAAACCAGCUUUUGUGCAACUGAACAUCAAUGGAAAUUUCAUCUCCGAUGAAGGGAUUGAUGAGGUGAAGGAAAUUCUAAAGGCUGGUAAGAAAUCCCUGGAUGUGCUGGGCUCACUAGAUGAGAACGAUCCUGACGGAGAGCCUGAUGAUGGUGACGAUGAGGAAGAGGAUGAGGAUGCCGACAGUGAGGACGAGCUUGAUUCGAAGCUGCAGAGUGUUAAGGUUGAGCAGGAUGAUUGA